UUACGGAGCGUAAAACAUGGUUGGAAGCUCAACAUGUUUGCAAUUCCAUGGGGUACUCACUGCAGUAUAAUCAAUGGAACGCUAUUAAUUGGUAUAUAAAGACAUUUGCUGUCAGGCAAAGCUGGUCAAUAACUGAGGAUAUAUGGCUCGGAAUCAUAAAAAAUCAGAACAGUGACAAAUGGCUUGAAGUUAGAGAAGGAAACAGGUGUUUGGAAAAAAAUGGAGCAUUCUCAAAACAGAAUCACCUUGAUAGACAGUGUGCUGUUUUAAAUAUGUCCGCGGACUCACACUCUGAUAAUCUUCUAAUAUAUGCCUCACCUUGUGAUGGUCAAAACUUUGGAUUCGUAUGCGAAGUAAAAUAUGGAAGUCUACCUAAAGAUGUCGAGUUUUACCCCAUGUCAAAGGUUCUUGACGAAGGCAUCGUUAGAGAGCACUGGAAUCUUUCAUCAGAAAUAGAUUGCGCCAUCAAAGCUUUUUCAAAAUUCGAAUGUUAUGCUGCCACUUACUUUCCGGAGGAAGGAUAUUGUUUGGCUGAAUGCUCAGAGUUGCAUACUAUUCCUAUCACUGUCUCUCUUGUCAAUUCUUCGCAGAACUCCACGGUGCUCCUGCGUGCCCACACAAAGGUUUUUAUCAACCACACAGAGUCACAAUUACCUCCAAGUACGCAACAGUAUCCAUGCGCUUUAGAGACCUCCACGGACACCACGACUUAUUUUUACCAAGUUUCAAACAGUACUACAACAGAUUACAUGCUUACCGAUGCAACCACAAAGGCUCGGUACAAUUGUUCCUGCAUCUGUCCAACAAAUUCAAUGAAUAUUUCCGAUGAAAUGUUAAAUCAAAAGGUGGCAGAUAUCAGGAAAAAACUGACCGUUAAUAAGACGUCUCUAUCAUCGACAACACGAAAGAAAACAUCUGCACCGGAUAAUAGACAGACCUCUGUAGCCAUGGGUACGGUUGGUAUCUGCGUCAUUACUAUGGUGAUUACUUCACUUGUCGUCUCUGACUUCGGAUAUAUUUUGGCAUGGAUUAAAUGUACAUCUUAAUUUUUAUGCGCUGAAAUGCAUGCAUCGUUAUAAUUGAUUUUCUAGUGAUUGUGAAUGUGUGGCUGUUAUAAUGUAGCAACUUUUAAGAAAUUUUAGAAAUUAAUUAAGAACAAUUUUUAAUGUGCUCAAAAUGAGUGUUUACACCCCGUCUCUCAAUUUUAAUGCAUAUUUAUAUGCAUACUUUGAAAAAUGUUAGUGCACUAAAUGAAUAUAAGAGUGGCUCACAAUUACAGAAUCUUGGACUAGCUGGAAUCAUUCGACAAUCGUGUAUCAACGUAAAUCUCUUCAAGUGACAAUCAUAAGAUUUUUGCACAGUUUUAUUGGUGUUCAUGAAAGAAUGGUAAAUUAAGACUGAAUUAUGCUACAUGUAGCUGUAAAUAUGUGGCGAGAAAAUUCGUUUAAAGGGAUAUUUUUAUAAGAUACUUUUAAUGUAUGGAAGAAUUGUAAUU